GAAUGCCGCACUCCAUGACAUCAGAGGGACUGGAGAUCACGUUUGCCACCAACCACCUGGGCCCCUUCCUGCUCACCAACCUUCUCGUGGAUUUCAUGAAACGCUCGGCGCCGAGCCGCAUCGUCUUCCUGGGUUCCUUCAUGCACAAUAAAGGGUACAUAGACGUCAGCAACCUGUACGGGAAGAACAUGGAGAGACAGAGAUUCAACGACACCUACAACUGCACCAAACUGAUGAACACCAUCUGUGCCGGAGAGCUGGCCGAGAGGCUGAAUGGCACCGGUGUGACGGUGACCACAGUUAAUCCCGGCAUUGUGAUGACGGAGGCCUUGCGCCACUACAACAUACUCAUGAGAGUCAUCUUCAACAUCAUCGGGUUCUUCUUCUUUAAGACGGCGGAGGAGGGGGCGGUCAGCACCAUAUUCUGUGCCGUGUCGGAGGAGGCCGAAGGUCUGACUGGGAAGUAUGUAGACAGCGAUUGUCUGAUUGAGAUUCCCGCGGCGAAGGCUCGGGAUCCGGCUGUGACCAGGAAACUAUGGGAGGCCUGCGAGGCUGCGACCAGCCUGACCGCUGAUCCCCGGCAAUGAUGGCGGCAAU